AUGACCUCAACUGCUACGAGCUCCUCUUCAGCAUUUAUAUGCGAUGGUGGCCAAACCCCUCUCAAUUCCUUCAUAUCCACUCGAAAAUGCAUUCCCUUGACAGAAUAUAAUCGACAACUCCGAAACCUGCAAACAAAUACUUAUAUUUCAAGCAUUUCAAUACUGGGAGUGACGAGAAUUGUUGUAUUUGUUCUCCUUGUCUUGUGCCUCAUUUGCUUUAUUGUGUUCCGUCGAUCUAAAUAUUUAAUGUACAAUCGGUUGGGUUGUGCUUUUGGAUUUGUAUUAUUCGUAUUACUAGCAGCAAUGAAUGGUUUGUUGAUGGUGGAUUUAAUUCCAAGUCGAAUUAUUGACUUUUCUCCCUCCUCAUCGAAUUCCACGAAUUCUACCCAAUCCACCACCACUAAUAGCACCAAAGCUUUUGAUUUCAAUUCUUUACACCCGAACAACGUUGCCUUAGGAAUGGCCAAUUAUGAUCAUUUAUGGAAUCCUCCUUCUGAUCCUUCAUCCUCUUUCAUCAGCAAUUCCAUAAUGUCCAAUAUUCCUUCGAAUCUCUUCACAACUGUAAAUCAAUUGGUACUAGAUUCAAAUGUUGUGAAGGGUUUGUUCGCAUCACUGAUCACAAGUGCCACCAACACAUCCAUCACCAAUACCACUGAUUAUUCGAAAGUGAAUUUGAGAUCCAUUCCUCUCGUGAAAAGAACAGCAGCCAUGUGGAAAGCUCAACCCAAUGAACUUCUCUCUGAAACGAUUUGUUUCAUUCAUUUAGGAACCACUUCAUUGAUACAUUGGCUUAUGAUCUUUUGUUUACCUGUUUUUGGUUUCAUGAAUUACAUCAUUCGAUCCUAUCUCGAGAGAAAGAAGUUACGACUAGUGAAAUACAUUGAAAAGGAAAAUCAAAAGGUACAUCAAAAUUUCCUGUCACGUCUUCCCUUAGAUUCCACCGAUCGAUCCAAUCCAAGCAUUUCUGGAGUAUCAAACGGUGGUGGUAUUCGUCCUCAUCAUCAAAUCUCUGAUUUGCAAUCCUUCAUUGCAAGUAGUAGUGUUGCAAGUGACACUUCUGGACCUCUCUAUCGAAAUAGCCAAUCUCAUCAUCAUCACACUCAAACUGGCAAUCACACAGUCACCACUUCACAAGCUCCACCAACUUCGAGAUUAUUUGGUGAUUCUUUUGCUUCGGGUAUUUCCUCUUCCAAUGCUAGUAAUUAUCAACUAUCGGGGCCGUAUCAGAAUGGUCAGCGUUUUCAAGUACAAAGAGACUCUACCAUUUCGAGAAAUAGUGUGGCAGAUACAUAUUCUGAAUCAGCUCAAAAUUCUGAUUCUGAAAACCUCUCAAGUUUUGGAACUAGUUUUAUGAGAAAUCCUCAACCUUCGACUUCGACUGGUGUCGAUCAUCGAGGAGGUAUUGAUAAAGAUUUAAUGGCUCAUCGAAGGAAUCAUCACAAGGAUAUGCAUUCAACCACAUCACAACCCUAUUUUGAACGAGGAUCCCAAUUAUUUUCUGACAACAUGUCAGGAAAUGAAGAAGAUUUGACAAGCUCGAGUGUCAUUUAUCAUGGAAAUUUAUCUCAGACUGUGUUGGGAUUAACCACGAGGGCGAACAAAACAACCACUUUUGAUAGUGAUUCUCUUUCGGACACAGUUUCACACUCAAACAAUAGAACCACAACGAAAUUCACCUCUUCAGUGUCUGCAGUCAGCACCACUCACACCAACGAACAACAAUUAAUCUCCAAAUUUGAAAAGAGAAACACUGUCCUCUUAUUGAAUUUCGUUCUGAGACAUCCAGUUAUUUUUCAAUUUCUCUUUUCAGGUCUCACCACAAGCGCAUGGCUCGGUAUUAGUGGACUCAUUCUUGGUAUUACUCUUCAAUUUCAACAAGCCACAAGUUGUGACUCUAUUUGGUUCAUCAUUCAGAGAGUUUGGUAUGGUGCAAUUUUAGUGAUUGGAGCAGUGGCCUUGUUGCUUUUAACACUCUUGGAUAUGGUUGUGAAUGAGAGACAUUCCAGUUUGAAGCAUUCAGAGCAGAAAGAAAAAUAUUCUAAAAAGAAAUCCUCCACAGAGAAGAACUCGUUCAAAAAACGAUUCUCCAAAUUCUUUCGAUUUUUCAUUAAUUAUUGGUGGUAUCAUGAUUUUCAAUUUUGUCGACGAGAGGCCAUUUUGUAUAGUUCCAUGUUCAUUGUGGCAUGUAUUGGCAUUGCAGUCACGGACGUGUUGGUUUUCACAUUGAAAACAGAAGAUUUAGUGAUGAAGAUUUGUAUUUUGAAGAUUGUCAUGACUGUCUUGUUCGAAUUACCUUUCGUUUUAAUAUCACCUGUCAUGACAAGUUGUUUUACCAUGAAAAGACAAUUUCACAUUUCACGACUUCAAAGUCAUUACAUUAAGAAUCAUGAUGAAUUUGUGAAAAAGAGUGUGAGACAGGAUCAAAUCAAUGACAAUUUAUCAUUUGUACCAUCCUCUUCGAAUGGAGGAACCAAUCGAGAUGCAUUGAUUGAACAAAUGUAUGACUUUUCAGUGUAUCAUCCGACUGAGACCAUCUUAAGGCAGCUCCUGAAACACUCCAAAUUGAAUCGAAUGUUUCAAGAAUUUUUACAGAGAGAGCUCUCAAUUGGAAAUUUACUCUUUUACAAGUGUGUGAAUGAGUAUUUGAGUUUGAAAGAAAUGGAAAAGACGCAACUCGCUCAACAGAAAUUGUAUCACAUUUAUUAUAAUUUUAUACAACCCAAAGGUUUGAGAAUGAAGAAACGAAAGACUGUUGAAACCAAUCAGCAACCAUCAGAGAUGACUCAAAACGAUGAAUCCAAGGAAGCUCUCCAUUCAAGUGCAUCCUCUUCUUUGUUGAAUAUCUCAGAAUGGUUAAGUCCUGAAUUGAAAUCUCGUUUCACACAAUUAAUGAAUGAAAUUGAAAAAUCUGAAAAUAUUACCAAUCCACAAUCGGCAGAAAUUGGAAAAAUCAUGUUAGAAUUGAGAGAUGAAGUUCUAUUUAAUCUAUUAGAUGCUUACACUCGAUUUUAUUUGGAAUGUCAAGAAUUUAGAGAAAUCUAUGUGGAACCCAAUAAGAAGAGUUUGUCUGCCUUAAUGAUGAAGAAGUGA